GAAGACAACACGUGCGCGUAUUCAACGUGUUUUUUAGUUUACUUCUUGAUUUCAUCGAAUUUGGUUGAUUUUCACAAAAUCUUGUUUGUCAAUUGUUUUGGUUAAAAAUGGAAAGCGAGCAGCCAACGGCUGUAAAGGCCCCGUCCUUUAGUGAAGAGGCACAAGCUGCUGAAACACCUAUUGAAACAGGAAAACAAAUCGCUACCGAACCAGACCUAUCAACAGAUAAGGUGCAAACAAAGCCUACAGAAACUACAGGUGCAAUAGAGCAACAAGCUGAGGACAAAACAGCCAAUCAGUCAACAUCAACUAACGCCCAAAUUUCUGGUGAGGAAAAACAACAGGUUGCUGGAAUGGAGUGCGAAUCAUCCCCAGCCAUAGUUUCGCCAGGGAAUCCCGUAGAGGAGCAGGAAUCCUCUCAACAAAUGGACUGCGAGGAAACCCCCUUAGACUCCCAAAAAGUUGCCUCAGUCGCUGCAACCCCUACAACCGCACCCAAGGAACCCAUUCCACAAGUGCAGCCCGCUCCAGAGGCAAACCCAGAUCCUAAGACAAGUGGCCUCAGUCUAUUGGCUGCCUACAGUUCUGAUGCUGAAGAUUCUGAUGUAGAAGAAGUUACCCCAGCCCACGACAGCGACAACGAAGUGGUAGAAGUACCAGUGACGGACAACGCCUCCUCCACCGCAUAUCGUCCAGUGGUGGCUGUAAGCUCGGCUGAUGAAAGCUCGGAGAGCAGUAGCAGCAGUGACUCCGACUCCGACUCGGAAGGAGAAUACCUUACCGUACUUCGCAAGAAAAUCGAUAAGCGCAUAAACACCGUGGAGUGCGAUGAGGAUGAUGAAGAUCUCGAUGAAGAUGGAGCCGCUGGAAAUGGCGGUCGCCGACGACAACCGCCCAAAGUGCGAGGGGAAAUGCUCCUCGAUGAUCUGCCACCCAUCCAUCAGCUUGAGAUCACUGUACCAGAAGACGAAUGCGUUGAAUUGGGCAAAGUUCAGUCGAUUGUGGAUCAGCUCGUUUUGGUUUCCGUACUGCCGAACUCCAUGCUUUUCGAUCUUGACACCGUUUUGUUCCUGGAGAAGGGUCGCAAGGUCCUGGGCGAGGUGUUCGAUGUGCUGGGCCAGGUGGCUGACCCACUUUAUUGCGUUCGCUUCAACUCCAACCAGCAGAUUCUGGACAGAGGCAUCAAAAUAGGUGAUGUGGUUUACUGUGCCCCGAAAACCGAACAUACCCAGUUUGUGAUCCUCUCCAAACUGAUGCAAGUUCGCGGAUCAGAUGCCUCGUGGGAGCACGAUGUGGAACCACCAUCUCGCUACAUAGAUUACUCCGACGAUGAGGAGGAAAGGGAAGCCAGGCAAGAGCAACGAAAGCGUCGCCAGAGAGAUCGUACCAACUCCACGGACUCCGUGGAUACGGUAACCUCGGUAGCAACGACCACGACGCAGGCCUCUUCGGUGGCUCCUCCACCGCGCCAGCGCGGACGUCGUGGCCAGCGCGAGAGCUUCCGGCAGAAUCAGAGGCCCAACAGCUCGCAGGACAACCAGCAGCAGCCUCGAGAUCAGCAGUAUAACUACCAUCCAAGCUACAACCCAGGGAGCUGGCACUCCAACUACUACCAAAACUACCAUCAAGCAGCGGCCAACUUCAACAUGCCGCCACAACAGCCCGGUAUGCCCUUCCCAGUGCCCAAUUACGGCUACGGCAUGCCCUACGCUAUGCCGCCAAUGUAUCCCCACAUGUACCCGCCUCCACCGCCCUUUGGUCCGCCACCUCCCAACAACCAACCACAUCAAGGACACCCGCCACCCGGCUAGAUAAUCUUUUGUGAAUUAUUUUUAUUAUUCCAAUAAAAAAUAUCCUUAAUCAA